CUCGCUCCCUCAUUCCCUCCCGCCCUCCCGCUGCCGCUCCGGCUCCGCUCCUCGACUUCCUGCCCAGCGCUGGGAAGCUGCGCGCUGGCUGGGGUCCCCAGGGGCCGGGUCUGGGCGGGCGGAGGGGCUGGCGGUGGGCGGGAGCGGCGGGCGGCCUCAGCCCCUUCCGAGAGCUACUUUCAAACUCGCGCCCGCGUCGCUGCGGCACCUGGGUAGCCCCGCACCCAGUGCGUGUCCGGAGCCCGCGGAGCGGCGACCGCUCGAAUCUCCCUGGGGUGCCCUCCCCAGGCAGCAAUGCCAGGAUGCCCGUGUCCACCUCUCUCCACCAGGAUGGCAGCCAGGAGCGGCCGGUGAGCCUGACCUCUACUACCUCCUCUUCGGGCUCCUCCCGUGACAGUCGCAGUGCCAUGGAGGAGCCCAGUGGCUCCGAGGCUCCUGCCGAGAAUGGAGCAGGCUCCCCGAGAGGCCGGCAUCUCCCCAACAGCAACAACAACUCCAGCAGCUGGCUGAACGUGAAGGGGCCCCUCUCCCCAUUCAACAGCCGAGCUGCGGCUGGGUCUGCACACCACAAGCUCAGCUACCUGGGCCGAGUGGUGCGGGAGAUCGUGGAGACGGAGCGCAUGUAUGUGCAGGAUCUGCGGAGCAUCGUGGAGGACUACCUCUUGAAGAUCAUCGACACACCUGGGCUGCUGAAGCCAGAACAGGUCAGCGCCCUCUUCGGGAACAUAGAGAACAUCUACGAACUCAACAGCCAGCUCCUCAGAGACCUGGACAGCUGCAAUAGUGACCCCGUGGCUGUGGCCAGCUGCUUUGUAGAAAGGAGCCAAGAGUUUGAUAUCUACACCCAGUAUUGCAACAACUACCCCAACUCCGUGGCCGCCCUGACGGAAUGCAUGCGGGACAAGCAGCAGGCCAAGUUCUUUCGGGACCGGCAGGAACUGCUGCAGCACUCGCUGCCCCUGGGCUCCUACCUGCUGAAGCCGGUCCAGCGCAUCCUCAAGUACCACCUGCUGCUCCAGGAAAUUGCCAAGCAUUUUGAUGAAGAGGGGGAUGGCUUUGACGUGGUGGAGGAUGCCAUUGACACCAUGACCUGUGUGGCCUGGUACAUCAACGACAUGAAGAGGAGGCAUGAGCACGCAGUCCGGCUCCAGGAGAUUCAGUCACUCCUCAUUAACUGGAAGGGACCCGACCUGACCACCUACGGGGAGCUCGUCCUGGAGGGCACGUUCCGCGUGCAUCGUGUGCGCAAUGAAAGGACCUUCUUCCUCUUUGACAAAAUGCUGCUUAUCACCAAGAAGCGUGGCGAUCACUUUGUCUACAAGGGCAACAUCCCGUGUUCUUCCCUGAUGCUGAUCGAAAGCACCAGGGACUCCCUGUGCUUCACCGUCACCCACUACAAGCACAGUAAGCAGCAGUACAGCAUCCAGGCCAAGACAGUGGAAGAGAAACGGAACUGGACUCACCACAUCAAGAGGCUCAUCCUAGAGAACCACCAUGCCACCAUUCCACAGAAGGCCAAGGAAGCCAUCCUGGAAAUGGAUUCCUACUAUCCCAAUCGGUACCGCUACAGCCCAGAGCGGCUGAAGAAGGCAUGGUCCUCCCAGGACGAGGUGUCCACCCAUGUGCGCCAGGGCCGCCGGCAAUCUGAACCGACAAAACACCUGCUCAGGCAACUCAACGAGAAAGCCCGAGCAGCAGGAAUGAAGCAUGCAGGCAGUGCUGGCACCCUCCUGGACUUUGGGCAGCCCUCCGGUAGUCAGGGCCUGCAGCCGGAGGCUGAAGGGGCUGCUCAGGAGGAGGAAGAGGAGGAGGUGGUGGAAGAGGAGGAGGAGGAGGAGGAGGAGGAAGAGCAGGCCUUUCAGGUCUCUCUGGAGGAUCUGGCAGGGCAUGAAGGCAACGAGAAGGGGUCUGGGCCGGAACCCCCAGGCUCAGAGGAGGAGGAGGAGCAGGAGGAGAGCCUGGCGGUGGCGGAGCAGGUAGCCGACUUUGCCAGCUCCUUGCUGGCCGCCCUCCACUGCUGGCACUAUCGGGCCAACGCUUUACUUUUCUCCCGGGGCGCUAUGGGAAAGGGGCGCAGGGAGUCUGAAGGCUCCAGGAGCAGCAGAAGGCCCAGUGGCCAGUCUCCAACCAGUGCUGAGAAGUGCAUGAGCUUUGAGUCCGCUUCUUCCCUGCCAGAGGUUGAGCCGGACUCCGAGGCUGGGAGCGAGCAGGAGGUAUUUGCUGCUGUGGAAGGGCCCAGUGCCGAGGAGAUGCCUUCAGACACAGAAUCUCCAGAAGUCCUGGAGACACAGCUUGACUCCCACCAGGGGCUUCUGGGGAUGGACACCCCGGGUGACAUGGUGGACUUCAUGGCAGCUGAGAGCACUGAGGACCUUAAGGCCCUGAGCAGUGAGGAGGAGGAAGAAAUGGGGGGUGCCGCCCAGGAGCCUGAGAGCCUCCUGCCACCCUCUGUGCUGGACCAGGCCAGCGUCAUUGCAGAGCGGUUUGUCAGCAGCUUCUCCCGGCGGAGCAGCGUGGCGCUGGAGGACAGCAAGUCCAGUGGCUUUGGGAGCCCGCGGCUGGUCAGCCGGAGCAGCAGCGUGCUCAGUCUGGAGGGAAGUGAGAAGGGCCUGGCCCGGCAUGGCAGCACCACAGACUCCCUCAGCUGUCAGCUCUCCCCGGAAGUGGACAUCGGUGUGGGGGUGGCCACAGAGGACAGCCCUUCUGUCAAUGGGGUGGAGUCCCCAAGCCCAGGCUGCCCAGUGGAGCCCGACCGGUCUUCCUGCAAGAAGGAAUCGGCGCUCUCCACCCGAGACCGGCUGUUGUUGGACAGGAUUAAGAGCUAUUACGAAAACGCGGAGCACCACGAUGCGGGCUUCAGCGUCCGUCGCCGGGAGAGCCUCUCCUACAUCCCCAAAGGACUGGUGAGAAACUCAGUCUCCAGGUUCAACAGCCUGCCCCGGCCAGACCCAGAGCCGGUAGCUCCAGUGGGGCGCAAGAGACAGGUGGGCUCCCGGCCGACUUCGUGGGCCCUGUUUGAGCUCCCAGCACCAAGCCAGGCGGGCACAGGGGACCCACCUCCCAUCACAGAUGCUGAGUUCCGUCCCUCUUCAGAAAUUGUUAAGAUCUGGGAGGGAAUGGAGGCAUCUGGGGGGAGCUCUGGGAAGGGACCAGGCCAGGGCCAGGCCAAUGGCUUUGACCUGCACGAGCCGCUCUUUAUCCUGGAGGAGCACGAGCUGGGAGCCAUCACGGAGGAGUCGGCCACAGCCUCCCCGGAAAGCGCCUCUCCCACUGAGGGGCGCAGCCCGGCCCACCUGGCCCGUGAGCUGAAAGAGCUGGUGAAGGAGCUGAGCAGCAGUGCCCAGGGACAGCUGGUGGCCCCACUGCACCCCCGCAUCAUGCAGCUCUCCCACAUGAUGGACAGCCACACGAGUGAGUGCGUCAAGAACAAGGUCUAUCAGCUGGCCCGCCAGUACAGCCUCCGGAUCAAGAGCAACAAGCCAGUGAUGGCCAGGCCACCACUGCUGUGGGAAAAGGCGGCCCCUGAGAGGGACGGGAAGAGCCCCACUGUGCCCUGUCUGCAGGAGGAGGCUGGAGAGUCACUGGGCGGCAAAGGUAAGAGGAAGCCAGCGCUGUCUCUCCACGACUGUGACCAGCAGAUGGCCCGGGAGUACAGCCCUCCCAGGCCCUCCUCGGCUGGGGACACGUCGCCACGGCGUUUCUCCUUCAGCCCGUCCGCCGUUCGUCAGAGGACCACCUCGCCUGGGGGCCGGCCCUCCGCCCGGAGCCCCCUCAGCCCCUUCGACACGGAGACCUUCAUCUGGCCCGACGUCCGCGAGCUCUGCUCCAAGUAUGCCUCGCACGAUGAGGCACGCCGAGCAGGGGGUGGCCGGCCCCGAGGCCCACCCGUCAACAGGAGCCGCUCAGCGCCAGAGAACAUGGUGGAGCCACCUCUGUCGGGCAGGGUGGGCCGCUGCUGCAGCCUGAACACCAAGAGGGGCCGGGGAGGCGGAGAGGCCACCCAGUCCCCUGGGCCUCUGUCUCAGAGCAAGCCGGACGGAGACGAGGCCCUGUAUGUCACUGCAGACCUCACCCUGGAGGACAACCAGCGGGUGAUUGUCAUGGAGAAGGCACCCCUUCCUGGCCCCACUGCGGGGCUGGAGGAGAGCAGUGGCCAGGGACCAAGCUCGCUAGUGGCCCUGGUAGGGCAGGGCCAGGACUUCCAAGAGUCGGCAGAGUGUCAGCUGAAAGAAGAGGGUCCCAGGGACCCAGCAGACCCAAGCCAGCAGGGCAGAGUGAGAAACCUGAGAGAGAAAUUCCAGGCCUUGAACUCUGUAGGUUGAUGCUGACUCUAGGAGGAGGGAGGAGUCACGUUGGCGAACCUGCGCAUCCUUCCCUGGGCUCAUGGAGCCCCUGCCCAAGACCCCUGGGCGGGUGGAAAGGCUGUCUCCCGCGCCCUCUGGAAAGGAUGCUCCCGUGUGCAGGGGCUCUCCUGCCUGUGCCACAUGCUGGUGCUCCCCUGGGGCUCGGGGCAACCUUCCAUAGGCCCAGAUGAGCCACUCACCUGUGAGGCCGGUGUGGCCGCUUCCCUUGUAAAUAGUUCUUCUCUAGUAAGAAGCCAAAUAUUUAAGCUCACCUCUUCCCAGAGAGAGCAAGCUGUGCUCAGGCCUCUGGCAUUGACUGGCCAUGGCCACGGCCAGACAGAGGAGCCCACCCCCGGGGAGACUCAGGCAGUGGCCUGGAGAGGCUUUGCUCUGUAACUGUACCUUUUCUUAGGGCCCAGGCAGGAAUGAAGCCGAUAAUUUAUUGCUUUCCAUUCCGUGGUAUGAUGUGCGUGUACGUGAGCGUGUGGCCCCUGUUUAUUCCCCUCCUGCCAAGAAUGAAAUGGAUUCAGUUCAGGUACUUUUGAGGGUUGUUGCACGGACCCUGUGGUUGUCGCUGAUGUGCACACAUUUCAUUAUUUACCAAUGGUGCAAUAACCACUGCUGACCAACCCA